AGCUCUCUGGUUUUUUCUUAUUAGACUCUAUCUGUAACGCUUUGAAACACCCCACGAGCUUUACACCCUGCGUUUUCACAUCUUUCUCUUCUCUUUCAUCCUUAUCUUUCUUACUCUCUGCAAAUCUCUACCACUCUUCAAUUAUUCAUCUUUCUUUCUCUCUCUCUCUUACUCUUAUUUCAAAUAAUACCCAUUAACAUUUUGAACUACUUCUUCUUCUGGUUUUUGUUUUACUAUAAUACAAUGGCGCUUGAGACUUGGCUGAUCAAGGUCAAGACCGCCAUAUCCAGCAAAUUCGACGUCGUUCGAUCCUCAUCAGCUCCGGCUCACCCCAAAUCAUCAGCAAUGAAGAAAUCAAACGUCGGCGUUUUGGCAUUUGAGAUCGCCGGGCUCAUGUCCAAGCUCAUCCAUCUAUGGCAACUUCUUUCCGAUAAGAACAUGAUUCGUCUUCGUAACGACUCAAUCUCACUCGACGGAGUUCGCAAGAUCAUCUCCAACGACGAAGCUUUUCUCCUCGCCCUCGCCUGCGCUGAGAUCGUCGAAAACGUCCGCCUCCUCGCUAAGUCCGUCUCCCGAAUCGGCAAGCGAUGUGACGACGUUAAUCUCUGGAAUUUCGACCGCUGUUUCAGAGAUUUCGCCGAUUCCGGUCGAGACCCUCACGCCUGGGUUCUCUCUCUCAAAGACAUGGAGGUCAAGAACAAGAAGAUGGACCGUUACGUUACUGUAACGGCUGCUCUUUACAGAGAGAUCGAUGAGCUCUCGGUUAUGGAAGGUGGGUUGAGGAAGUUAGCGUUGCAGAUGGGUCAAAACGACGUCGUUUCUCAUGAAACCACCGGGAGUAGUGGUAACAGUAAAUUAGAGCAGAAGAUUACGGAUCUUCAGCAAAAGAUUUUGUGGCAAAGACAAGAGGUGAAGUACUUGAAAGAGAGGUCCCUCUGGAACCGAAGCUUUGAUACCGUUACUUCCGUUCUCGUCAGAUCCAUUUUCACCCUUUUAGCUAGAACCAAGCUUGUUUUUGGUUUAGGAGUACAGUACCCGCCUUCUUCUUUGCCUCGUAGUCUCUCGGCUUCUGCAGCGGUUCACCCAUCUGAGUCUGACCAUCAAAAUCCAUCCAGUCUAGACACGUGUCAUUUCGUGUCUGGACCGUUGAUGAAGCGCUCCUCCACGAAGAUCGACAACGACGACGGCGACGAAGACGAUGAUCAGAAGAAGACGAUCAAAGAUUCCGCCACCGAUGUUAAUAAUGGGUUUUUCGAGUCGAACUCGAAGCUACUGAAGCCUCCGCCACUGACGACGCUAGGGGCGGCGGGGCUGGCGCUCCACUACGCGAACUUGAUCAUAGUGAUGGAGAAGAUGAUCAAGUCACCGCAGUUGGUCGGCGUGGACGCGAGGGACGACCUAUACUCGAUGCUACCAAACAGCAUAAGAUCGUCGUUGAGGUCUCGAUUGAGAGGGGUCGGAUUCUCGGCGAGCGAUCCAGUCCUGGCCGGAGAGUGGCGGGAAGCGUUGGGACGAAUCUUGGCUUGGCUUUCUCCAUUGGCUCACAACAUGAUAAAGUGGCAAAGCGAGAGGAGCUUUGAGCAACAGAACUUGGUACCCAAAACGAAUGUUCUUCUCUUACAGACUCUAUUCUUCGCCAACAAGGAGAAGACCGAAGCCGCCAUAACCGAAUUGCUUGUGGGACUCAAUUACAUCUGGAGGUUCGAGAGAGAGAUGACCGCUAAGGCCUUGUUCGAAUGCCACAUUAAUAAUAAUCUUAAUGGGUUGCUCAUGAAUAACAAUUUGCAGAGUUCUAGCUCAUGAUGACGAUAUAUGGAUCAAAUUAAAGAUCACAGCUCAAGCAUUUUGAUGAUCUUCUUCUUCUUCUUUUAAUGAUAUGAUUUUCAGGUUUUUAAUUAAUUGUAAGUCUGUAUAAGUUGGUGAUGGUUGAUUUUGAGAGUUGGACUGAUUACCGAAAGAGUAAUUUCAGAUCUAUUUUGAGGGUUAAUUAGUUUUUAAUUGUAUUGAUCGGCCCUUGAAUCUUGAUCCAUCUGAUCAUGUAUAUGGUAAUUAAUAUAGAGUUAUAUAUAUAUGUAAAUGUUCUGAUUUUUGCAA